UGAAAUGGAUUUGACUAAAUUACCGGUGAAACUAACUCAGUGUAGCUGGUUGAUAUCUGUGUGGAUUGUGUUACUUUGUGAAGGACGUUCCCAGAAAUGCCCAGAAGGUCAGUAUGUUGUACGUGGUUCAGAAGACUGUCAGCCCUGUCAUCCACCAAAGUAUUUCAUGGAAUCUGGUUCCUGCCAUAAAUGUCGUACAUGCGAACAGGAGGUCGCCCAAAGCUGCACUUCAACCUCUAAUGCAAAAUGUUCUUGCCGACCUGGUUUUAAUUGUGAUGAAUCGGACUGUGAACGUUGUGUGAAGCUGCCACACUGUAGAAAAGGUGAAGAACUCAAAAGAGAAGGAAAUUACAAGUUUUCAUAUUUUUGCCAGCCAUGCACAAAUACUUCAUACUCUGACACUGAGAAUGGCAUUUGCAAACCGUUUACAAAGUGCCACAGCCAAGGUUUCAAUACGGUUUUCCCUGGUAACAGAACACACAAUGCAAUGUGUGGUAUACAACCACCGCCGCCGGAAAAUCCUGAAAAAAACCUCAUGGCGGUUCAGAAUGUAUUCAUAUACGGAUCAGUAUUCUUUCUAAUCUGUCUGUUCACACUGCUGGUUGUCUGUAUUUGGAGGACUAAAUCUAGAGCAUGUUGGUCAGCUAGAUACAGUGCAAAAUACAAACCUACGUUGGCUCUAGAAGCAGGCCUCUUGGCCUUGUCAGUUCAGGAGACCCACGAUCUCACCGGAGGCCCUCUAAAGUUAACUUUAUCAUCUGAAGUGGUAUAGUACAGCAACUGGAUCUUUGCAUGACUCCCUGUCUCACCAACAGCUGGCAGCAUUUAAUAGGUCAUGGUAAUGGGUAUUUUCUGGUGACAGAUCUAUGAAUGACUUUUACACUUUCACUUCAAGACCAGUUGAUAAUAUUCAAAGCUGUGGACUAUUAUGUCUUUUAUUUUCUCUACUUGUGAUUUGAUUAAAUACACUUUUGGUCAGUGAAUAACUGUGCACUAAUACCAAACUGUAAAAGAUUACUUUGCAAGAUGGAGUAGAAGAGACAAAUGGACAAGCAUGAUGUUUUUUUGCAGAGAAAAUAUGCAGAACUGAGUGGCAGUCAUUUGGUAGCAGCACAGUUAAUAGACAAUACUGCUCUGCUUUUCAAUUAUGUCAAUUUCCAGCAGAAAGUUGAGAAUGUGAUGUAAUGUUUUUAACUUCUAAACUGUUAUAAUCACAUCUGCUGUGUGCUGGCUCUCUGGGUUCAAAGCAAGUGCAAGUAACCCUUCCCUCUGAGUUGGAGCCAAUGAAAUGACUCAAAUCAGCAAGAGUCCCACAUAUGAUGAACCCGUGUCAGGAGGCAGCACAUCUGUCACUUGGAACGUCAUGCUUUCCAGACACAGCAUGAACAAACGUAUUGUUGUUGUAUGAUGUGUGCUGUAAUGUUUGUGAUGAACACGAUGCAGAGCUGCUAGCAUGCUCUCGGUGUGAACAUUUUAAUUAUCAUGACACUUACUAGCUUUACUUAUGUGCUCGUUCUAAGUGUACAGUAUGUACCAACUUGUUGUCUGUGCGCAAGCUGGGUGCAGGACAGGGAGAAGUUUUCUGCACUCAUUUCACUCUCCGAUAGGGAAGCGCUCAUUAUAGGUAGUUCACAGAGAUUUUGUCUUAUGGAUUUGAAGAGAUUAACACAGGAAUGUUUGUAAAUAAUGUGUUUUGAUAAAUGAAAAACUAUGUGUACUGUAAUUGAUGAUCUGAGUUUGUUUCAAUACAAUAGAUGCUGCAAGAUCUGUGAAGCAUGGCUUCAUGGCUGUAUUCAUGGGCAUUGUAUUAGUGUUUUUCUUUUUGCUACGGUGUUUUGUUUGUUUGUUUGUUUUUUGUGUCUUUAGUGUCUAUAACCUUGUUAGUAUAAAUUUUCUAUGGGUUAUGGACUGUUCUUAAAAUGAAUUAGAGUGACUGAUGCAUCUGGAA